AUGGCAGAGAAGUGCGACUGUAUCGCCAGCAUGUACGGGUACGACCUGGGCUGUCGCUUCCUUAAUUUUCGCCCCUUGGGCUUUGGAGCCAAGGGGCUGGUGCUGUCAGCCCUCGACAGCAAGGGCUGCCGCAAAGUGGCGGUGAAGAAGAUCACCAUCGGCGACGCGCGGAGCAUGAAGCACGCUUUCCGGGAGAUCAAAAUCAUCCGCCGCCUGGACCACGAUAACAUCGUGAAGGUGUACGAGGUGUUGGGGCCCAAGGGGACCAACCUACGUGGGGAUUUUUUCAAGUUUAACAUGGUGUACGUCGUCCAGGAGUACAUGGAGACGGACCUGGCACGGCUGCUGGAGCAGGGGAAGCUCGCCGAGGAGCACGCCAAGCUCUUCAUGUACCAGCUGCUGCGGGGGCUGAAGUACAUCCACUCGGCCAACGUCCUCCACCGCGACCUCAAGCCGGCCAAUAUUUUCAUCAGCACGGAGGACCUGGUGCUGAAGAUCGGCGACUUCGGGCUGGCCAGGAUUGUGGAUCAGCAUUACUCGCACAAGGGUUACCUAUCUGAAGGCUUAGUAACAAAAUGGUAUCGCUCCCCUCGCCUCCUCCUCUCGCCAAACAACUACACCAAAGCCAUCGACAUGUGGGCGGCUGGCUGCAUCCUGGCCGAGAUGCUGACGGGAAGGAUGCUCUUCGCUGGGGGUCACGAGCUGGAACAGAUGCAGCUUAUACUGGAGACAAUCCCUGUUAUCCAUGAGGAAGACAAAGAGGAGCUGCUCAAAGUGAUGCCCACGUUCAUCAACAGCACCUGGGAAGUGAGGAAGCCGCUGCGCAAGCUGCUCCCCGAAGUGGACAGUGAAGCUAUUGAUUUUCUGGAGAAAAUACUGACAUUUAACCCCAUGGAUCGAUUAACGGCUGAGAUGGGUCUGCAGCAUCCUUACAUGAGUCCAUAUUCCUGCCCCGAGGAUGAACCGGUGUCUCAGCAUCCAUUCCGGAUUGAGGAUGAGAUUGAUGAUAUUUUACUGAUGGAAGCCAACCAGAGCCAGAUGUCUAACUGGGACAGCAGCAGCAGCUUGUAUCACGUGAGCCUCUGCUCUGAUUUGGAAUGGAGACACGACAAACACCACGACAUGGAUGAGGUUCAGCGGGACCCCCGGGCGGCGUCUGAAUCUAUCGCUGAGGAAGCACAAGUUGAUCCACGGAAAUACUCGCAAAGCAGCUCGGAGAGGUUCUUGGAGCUAUCCCACUCAUCCAUGGACCGCGUAUUUGAUGCGGAUUGUGGGAAAUCGUGUGAUUACAAAGUGGGGUCACCUUCCUACUUGGACAAAUUGCUGUGGAGAGACAAUAAGCCCCAUCAUUACUCAGAGCCCAAGCUGAUUUUAGAUUUAUCCCACUGGAAAAGAGCGACCAUAGCACCCGCAGCUGAGCUGUCUCUGAAAGAAGAACCAUCCAACCUCUUCCUGGAGAUUGCUCAGUGGGUGAAGAGUACGCAGGUGGGUCUUGAGUGUCCCAGUCCUCUCCCGGAGAUUCAGGAACGGAGCCUGCCAUCUUCUCCUCACCAUCUCCACAAAGAACCCACGGAGGUGAACAGUGAAACAAACCCUGAGUUUGACUUGGACGUCUUCAUCUCCAGGGCGCUGAAACUUUGCACAAAACCCGAGGAUCUUCCAGACAACAAGCUCAAUGACAUCAACGGAGCCUGCAUAUCUGAGCACCCUGGUGAGAUUGUACAAACAGAGGUGUACCAGAAAGAGCGAUGGUGA